AUGUCCCCGCCAUAUCCAGAAACAUCUUUCCGACCAAUAAUUCAUGUGGGCCCAUCGGGUGAUGCUCCGUUUCUGGUGUCUGAAGCGUUGAUGUUCUUCAAACUAUGGACAGCUAUCGAUCAAAGUGCUACUCCGGCUAAGAAGGGGAAGUUUUCUUGCCCGCAUUGUGAUAAAUCCUUUGAACACAAAAAGUCUCUCACGAGACAUGUUGCACAACAUGGAGAUAUCAAAUGGAAAUGUGGAGUUUGUAACAAAGAGUUUGCGAGAAAAGAUCGGCUGACGAGACAUGAGAAGGUUCAUGGAAAACCACUACAUUUACGUUGCGGAAAAUCGUUCUGGAGGGCUGAUAAAUACCGUGAACAUUUGAAAGCGCAUAACAAAAGUCAACACGGGGGAGCAUUGGAAAUAGCCGAACACGAAAACAAAGAGAAUGCCCAACCGCCAAAGGAUCAACAAUUUAAGCGUAACACUGACAGAGUAAAUGCCGAGAUGGAAAACAACUCGGCAAACCGACCAUACAGACUCGAACUGCUUACCGACAUCGACCAGCACAUCACCUACUUGGAUGCAAAUAAUUUGUAUGGCUGGGCCAUGUCACAAUACCUGCCGACUCAUGGCUUCGCCUGGCUUACCGAUAAUGAAAAGGACAUGCUUGAUAUCACGACAGUUACUGAUGAUGCGACACGUGGAUAUACACUGGAAGUGAAUCUAGAAUAUCAUACAGAACUCCACGAUCUACACAACGACUACCCACUAGCCCCGAAAGGUUAA